GAACAGCAGACAGGCAACAAGCAAGGAACUCCAGAUCAUGAUAUGAGCUGGCAUGAUAGAAGCCGUCUCAGCGAUCUCGGCAAGCAGUCCUUAUUGAUUUUUCUCUGCCCAUGUCACAUAAAGCUAAUCGUGCUGUUGACUGUACACAGGGGUCACAUGUUGGUCAAUGGUUCCUAGAUGAUCAGAAGGGAUAAGAACAGUGCAGUUACAGUUUAUCAGCUAGGCAGUUUUUAAAUCAAUUUGUUUAUAUUUAGGAUCCCAAAGUCUGUUAAUAAAUAUGAAUUUUCAUUUAUAAAGCUUGCAGAGAAACAGGGGUGUUUCUUGGAUUAAAAAGGAAUAAUUUUGGUUUAUUUACAUUUCAGGGUGUUAUUUAGUUUGUGUUUUUGUAAGGUUCUUAGUCGUUAUCAACAGUUUCAGAAUAGUUUCACAUAAUUGUCCUUUACAAGACUGCAACAUUUGUGUUAGACAUAUGUUAGCUAAUUUGGCCAAGAGAAAGUGACAUUUCCUUGAAGAGAAUGUUUAAAUAGAUCAAUGUAUUUUAUCAAGAGAUUAGAAGAGAUAAUGAAGAGAUUAUCAAGGCAAUAUUGUUGUUUGAUGAUUAAGCUUCAGCUGUGAGCACCCCUGAAUUGCCCUUGUGUUACAUAAGCCCUGCUGUCAACUACCUCCCACCCUCCAUCCUUAUCCUGUGACAAUUACCAGAAGUACUAAGCAUUGGAUUGUUAAGAUUUAAUGUAAUCAAUACUUAAACGGUACUUAAGCUGGGGGGGAUGUCUGAUUGCACUGUAAGAAGGAUGCCAGAGGGCCUUCAGGCAGCAUCAGAUUCAAGGAAGGUAUUAAUAUUGCAAACUUGGACUAUUUAUUUGCCGGCAGUGCUGAUAAAUGUCAUUUGUCCUUGCUUGAUUGGACCAUUUACAAAAGGCCCAUCUAGAACACCCAUGAGCUGUGGCUUGGAAAAAGUUUUACAUUGUUGAAUAAUGCCAUUUUGGUUGCUUACAUAUGCUUCUUAUUUCUGUGCCUUUGAAAAUUAAUGUACGUAUUUCAUACACUCAUACAAAUCCUUAAUUUUUAGAGAGAUGCUGUGUUUCUAUAAGUUUACUUGUGUAUGAUAUGAAAAAACCAUCAGACAUUUUGUGCUGUAUGGGUGGAUGGAGCAUGAGAGAUAUAUACAUUUUUUACUGGUGUCUGGUGUACUUUUAUCGCACAUGUUAUAAAGUGUUAGAGAAAUUAAUUUGAUGCAGCAGUGUAUUUAUUUACUGAAAUAAGUACUCAGAUAUGCCUCUUUAUGAUUAUUUUGAUGUGGGAUAAAAUGCAUUUUUGAAACUUAUGCAGAUCCCAGUAAUAAAGUAUUUGUCCUAUCAUAAGAUUUUAUCAGCUCUACAAUGGAACCUUUUUUCCCCCCUUUGGAAAGUUUUUCUUUUGAUACCAGGUUUUAAUGUUCAGUGUGUAGAUAUCCCACUAUGACAGAAUUGGAUUGCAUAAUGUUUAGUCUGUAAGAGAUAUUAUUGUGACUGCUACUGUUCAACUGGAAACCUGUCCAGCCUUCAAGUUGUUGCCUUUUCCAACCAUUCAACGCCAUUGUCCAGGCAACCAGGAAUAGUCUAGUAGGAAACGGCUUUGUUCAUGUAGUAGUCUGUUUGUCUGUCCAGUCUAGCAAAUCUUCAGUGGCUAUAGGUACUAAAAUGCAGCAUACAUGUGAGAAUCAUUAACUGGCUACCUGGCCUAACUCUCACAUACAUAAAUAACAGAAGCAGACAAGACCCCCUCCUCUUCUCCCUCUACUCCCAUCCAUUGACAAGGUAAGGGUUGAUGAGGCAAGCACCUGGUAUGCUCUACAUCUAUCUUGUCAACUCUUAUAUUUAUCCCAUCAGCCUAUCUUGUUUAAAUGUCAGGGCCAGCUCCCGGGUAAGCUAUCUCCUGCGCUGCUGGUCUCUGAUUGCAUCUGUUUGACAGGAGGCUUUCCAUACAUGGUGAAACACAGGGCAGUGGUAUUAGAGGCCACAUGUGUUCUCCCUCUGCCGCCUCCUCUCAUCACUGUGUAUGUGCUACUGUGUAUGACCACUGCUGCUGGACUGUCCUGCUAUUCCUACCAGGCAUUACAGUAGCGGCCACCUCGAGGUGAAACAGCAUGGCAGCCACAGAGCGGAACCCUUGGCUUGGUGCCACCAUCCGCUGCACAGUCCCAAGUUGUGCCUGUGAAUGCUUCUCUCCAGGGAAAAAUCAACUACGGGUCUGUGAUACCUGCAAGCAUGGAUGGGUCGCACAUGCCCUGGACAAACUUGGCUACCGCCACGCCUAUCAUCUUGGUAUGCAGGUGGAGAUGGUUCAGCCUAAUAUAGUAUUUGACAUAGCUAGCCUCCUGCUGUAUGGGGCUCAGGCCACACCCAUAAGACUCAAGAUACUACUGGAUAGGCUCUUCAGUGUACUGCAACAUGAGGAGGUACUGCAGGUGCUACAUGGGUUCGGCUGGUCUUAUGAAGACUAUGCGCGAGGAUACAUUUUACAGCCAAUUCAACCUAGUACAGAUGCAGGGCUCAGUCAGAUACCCAUAGAUCCAAAUGGCCAUGUUCUUGACAAGUGGACCAUCUCUACCAGAGAGGAGGAGCAAGUGAUACUUCAACAGUUUUUACGGUUUGGGGAAACCCGUGCUAUUGCUCAGGAAAUCAUCCUACAGGACAGUAAAGACCGAGGGGACUUUUAUGCGCUUCCACCAAAGACUGAGUCUGAAAUCAAAAAGUUCAUAGAAAGAACGGGCAGUGCUGUGGUGCAGAGUUAUAUGCGGACUUUGGAUGCACAAAGAAGGCACCUGUGGGGCACUAUGGGAUACUCGAUGCCUGCAUUUCCUCCAACACGUAUGAUGAGCCCACAAACCUUACAGCAGAGUCACUCACCCAAUAGUAGUGUAGGGGGAUUCAGUCGCCCCAGCAGCAUCCCUCCUCAAGCCACAAGCCCCGAGUCUAGUUCUCCACUGGGCCGGCUGCAGACCAUGCAGCCCUAUGACUACCGCAAAGAACGCCACCCUCCAUCAUCAGCAGUCACAGCCUCUACCUCAGAAACACCAGAGAAGGCGGAGAGGCGACCUGCUAGUCUGCCAGAACGUCACCCCAGCCCACCUGCUGAGCCUCUAGCUCUGACAACUAGCCCAGUGAAACCUCCCCCACCUCAGCAGCUGACUCCACCCCAGCUUACACCUAUCCAACAGAUGAUCCAGGGUAGUAUGCUGGUCACCUCCACACCUCUACAGGUGCCCCUGGCUGUUCAGGCUGCCUUCCAGCCUAAACAGGAGGUGGAGGCAGAGAGUGCAAUCAAUUACUCCAUGAAGUCUAGAGACAGCAGUCCCAACACAUCUUCUUCUGUGUAUUCAGAUCGCAAAGUCCGACACCUGCGCAAAUCUGCUAACCCCAUGAAACGUAACUGGGCACCCACACAAGGUUAUGGUGGCACGCUGAUCUCCCCAAGUGGCAAGAAGCGUGUCCUGUGCACAGCGUGCAAUAAGACUUUCUGUGAUAAAGGUGCUCUGAAGAUUCACUACAGUGCAGUGCAUCUGAAGGAAAUGCACAAGUGCACUGUGGACGGGUGCAAUAUGAUGUUCAGUUCACGUCGCAGUCGCAAUCGUCACAGUGCAAACCCCAACCCAAAACUCCACAUGCCACAGAAGCCUCGCAAGAUGCCAGAGGGUGCUGUUGUCCUGGAUGAAGUCUCCAGCGGGGGCAUGAUGGAUUCACCACAGUCACUACCUCUCAAUCCCCCUCCUCUCCUCUAUGGUUCUGAUUACACACCUUCAACACCUGACGGGUCAAAAAACUCUGAUGGCAUUCCCCAGGACCUGAGUUCUGGGGACCAGGCCUACUAUGUGGAUGCUAACAAUCGACUUUCUUUACUGCCACCCCAAUCAAAGAAACCUCGUUUGAAAGAAGAAGAAGAGGAGGAGGAUGAGGUAUCUUCUAAUGAGGGAGCUGUGUUCCCCUCUCCUGUUGUGACAAGUACCACAAGAAUCAACAGACGCAAAAGUAAUGUGCCAACACGCUGUGCUCAGCCCACAGAGGACACUUUUGUCAUGAGUGAUGAUAAUGAUAACUCUAAUGAUGAAAUGAAUGAGGAAGAGGAAGAGGAGAGAAAUCACCGCAUGGGUGAUGAUAAUCAGGCCCAUGGUUCUUUUUCUAAGAGGAAAACAAUUGCUGGAAAUGAAAAAAACUCUGAUGAAUCUCAAGACAUUGCAGACCCUUCCAGCCCUUUAGGCACAAUCCAAGUAAAGCAGGAACCCAGGAAUGAUGCCUAUGAAGACCACAGGGGUUCCAACAACAAUAGUUUUCAGCAGGAAAAGGGUCAAGAUGAGGGAAUUACUGCUGGGCGUAAUGUGCAAACUUCAGAUGAAAAAUCAGAUGAAAAAUCAACUAGUGAAUAUGAUAAGCAAUCCACAACUGCCUCUACUACCUCGGAAACUGGUGAUACUGUCCAUUUUUUAGAUGACAGUGUGAAUGAUGAGGAAGAGGAGGAGGGAGGAGAGGAUCCGGGGAAUGUAUCAGAACAGGAGUCAGACCUGUCAUUCACCUCCAAUGACCCCCACAGUCCCAUGGACGGACACAUCAGUGCUGAUGACAACAUGAACCUGGAGGACAUCAUUGACAAAGAUAAUCCUCGUAAAUGUGCUGCCUGUGGAAAGAUCUUCCAGAAUCAUUUCUCAGUCAAGACCCACUACCAGAAUGUGCAUCUCAAGCUGAUGCAUACCUGUACUGUAGAGGGCUGUAAUGCUGCGUUUCCUUCUAAGAGGAGCCGAGAUCGACAUAGUGCCAACCUGAAUCUGCAUCGUAAACUGCUGUCUACAUCUGCUGAAGUGGAGCUGGAUAAUGAUGAAAAUGCUUUAAGUUUGAGGGAAGAAUUUCUUAAUCAUAUUUAUGAAAACCAUACCAAUACCCAGAAAAAUGGAGAACUUAAAGAUGACAUCACUGCUGAAAAUGGUGGCAGUGCAUACAUGUUGCGUGACCACUUGAAGGGAAAUAAUGCUGAUAUGAAUGGGAAACAAUCGGAUCACUCUUACUCUUCCAAUGAUGGCAAGUCGCCCAACCAUGUCAUGAGUCCACCAUCACCAGAUCCUGAUGGUAGCGUACGUUGUCACAUUUGUAAGGAGCGCUUCCGCGAUAAUCUCAUCCUAAAAGAACAUUAUGAGAAGGUCCACCCACGAGAGAUGUUCAAGUGUACAAUUGGAGGCUGCGAUAAAAUUUUUUCUACGAGGAAAAGUCGUAAUCGCCACAGCCAAAAUGAGAAUCUUCACCGCCAUUUAUCGCCCACCAAAACAAAUGGCCAUUAAGCUUCUUCCAGCCUAGAACAUUGUGUACAUAUUUUAUGCAGUUUAUUUUGUUUGCAGACAUGCUGUAUAGGAUUAUUUUGAAUCUUAUUUAUAGAUCACUUUUAUCUUUUAAGAGUUUAUUAUUAUUUCUAUUAUUUAGAUCAUUAAUAUUUAUGUGAAAAGUGAAGUAAUGGUGCCAAGAUAAUCUGCAAUUUAAAGUUGUUUUUUUGCACAAUCAUUUUAAUCUGAUAAAAGAAUGAUGUAUUGUUAUUAUUUAUGAUAGAUUAAUUAUGAAUUUACACAGUGUACAAACUUACUCUUGUGACAAUCUGUGAAUCUCUAGUCAGUAGGGUUAUCACUAUAUCUGUGAAUUAACAUGUAGCUGUUUUCUCAUAUCAUUUGUAGCAUAGAUCAUUUUGAUAUAUCUUAAUAGUUUUCCUGCUGAAGCUGCUGUGUUGUAUAUGCUGUCAACUGGUAGUGUGAAAUCCAUUGCACAAACUGAGUUUAAAACUAUUAGGACUGAAAACAUAUUAGAUUUGGUGAACACAAAAUAUCAGAUUGCUUGAGCAGUAUUAAUAAAACAACAAAUGUGAGAUGUCUGCCUGGAGAUAUAGGAUAGAAAACGGGAAAUAUAAAUAGAUAAGUGACACAUUGAUUUCCCAAUAACUCUCCCCCCCCCCCCC